AUGCAGUUUUUGCCGUACCUACUAGCCAUUGUCGCCAUCUGCUUAGCAACACGUCAGCAGUCCGUAGCUGUCAAAGGUCGUCUAAUGUGCGGAAAUAAAGCAGCAUCCGGAGUUACCGUCAAGUUAUGGGAAGAAGAUGACGGCCCAGAUCCUGACGACCUUCUUGCUCAGGGUUACACAGACGGCGCUGGAAACUUCAAUUUGCAGGGCUCGGAGCGUGAGAUGACCAAUAUCGAUCCAGUGCUGAAGGUAUAUCAUGAUUGCGACGAUGGAGUGAAGCCGGGACAGAGGAAAGUGAAAUUUCGCAUUCCGAGCUCGUAUAUUUCACCUGGUGGAUUGCCUAGGCAUCACGUACAAGGAUCCGAGUGUACAUCGACUAGAGGUCCAACGGCAACAAAUGGAAUUUGA